GCCUUGCUUUGCUAAAUCUCUUUAUUUUCUACCACAGACAUGGAGCUCCACAGUCUGCAUAGAACCUUUCAUCACAGCCACCUGGGUGAGGAGAAGCACCAGAUGCUGAACCUGAACAGACGCCUGGAGACCUACCUGAGCCGGGUCAAACUCCUGGAAGAGGAAAAUGCACUGCUUGCAAAAGAGCUCCACGGUCUGAGACGCAGCAAUCAGGGAGCCUCGAUACGAAGGAAGGGUCUGGAGGAAGAGCUGCGGAAGGCGAGGCUGGAGGUGGAUGUAGCCUGGAGGGACAGGGUCCACGCAGAGCUGGAGGUCGGCAGGCUGACCGAGGAGGUCCAAGCCCUGGACCUGCAGAGGCAGAGGGAGGCUCGGGACCAGGUAAAAGCCAAGACAAAACUGGACCAAAGCAGGAAGGAGCUGGAGGAGGAACAGAGGGCACAGAUCUGGCUGAGGGAGAAGGAGCACUUGGAGGGCCUUGAGGCAGACAAAGAGGAGCUGGGCCAGCAGACUGAUUGUCUCCCUCUGGAGAACCAACUCCUGCUGCAGCUGAAGAUGUCUCUGGGCCUGGAGGUGGCAACGUACAGGGUUAAGUGGUCUGGAGCCUAUCCCACCAUGCAGUAG